AUGUUUGAGUGUCGUCAACGUGGAUUGCCCAACAAAGCCUUGGACGGAUGUGCAAAUGACGUACGUUCCGAUUCCCAAUUAUGUGGGUUCACGUUAGCUUACAUGCUGGAACUAUGCAUGGCCACCCCCAAUCUAUUGGAAUUCGAUAUCUGGUCCGGUGCGAACCUCGGUCCAUUGGAUUCCAGACGGUUUUGGCCAAUACCCAGCCUCAAUGACCUUCGUAUACGAGGACACAAGACAGAUUGUGACAACUAUCCACAUUGUAUGCACAAUGAACUCGCACAAAUGGAUGACACAGUCUCACCGGAUUGUCAGCAAGCAAAGUGGAAAGCGAUCAGUUCGAUUUGGCGUUACCAUCGGUUCGAGCUGAACCCCGAUCUCAAGACAAACACCCGUCAAUGGGGACCUCCGAAGCUUCGACAUUUGUGCCGUGCCGUCAUUAGGCAACAGCUGGUGCUUGCAACACGUGAGUAA